AUGUGGAGUUACAUGGCGUCAGCACUGGGCAUCACAUGCCAGAAUGAGGCACGUCAUGAACCAUUACCACAUGAAUCACCCUCGAGCAAUCAAAACAAUGGUGUAAAUCGUUUAUUCUUCCGAUUGCGUAGUCGUGGUUGGCUUGACAGAGAAAAUGAACUGUAUAUCUCAAUACCCAGAAAUGUCACGGGACAUUGCAAUAUUCUUUUCUUCCCUGGGGACGUUCAAGAUUUUAAAGCCACUAUGGACGCAGGACCUUUUGCUGAAUAUAGUGACUACUCCUAUGAGACGGUAGCGGAACUACUGAAUAAAAAGUUUGGAGAUACUUGCAAUGUAUGGGUAGUAAAACCCAAUUGCUUUAAACAUGGAGCCUACAGCAGUUUUGACAAUUUCGUGACUACCAAUGAAUACGGAGCAGCAACAAAAUAUGAUCCUACAGCUUUCGCAACCAAGCAUUUAGCAUCUUUAAUUCAAAAUACUCAGGCGACAUUGAGACGACAAGGAGUCAAUAUAUCGAUGGCACUCCCAAUGCAUCUUUUAGGUUUUAGCAAAGGUGGUGCUGUUCUGAAUCAACUUGUGACGGAACUCGUGCGAUACUCGUUCAAUAAGAAACGCUCGAGUAGCGGUCAGAUUCGACAGGGGUCUGCCUUUGCAAGCACGCGACAAUUCUUUUCAGCUAUCAAUUCGAUUCAUUGGCUGGAUUCCGGCAAUGGGUUGCUAGAAGGUGCAAUGCCUACGGAAGAGCUUGCUUUGUUUGUGCUUUCACGAUACGAACGGCUUAGGUUAUUCGUACACGUUACACCGUAUCAAUACAGUGCCAGGACGCGACCAUGGGUUAAAGCCGAAGUGAACAGUUUUGUGAAGAAAAUGAAGCUUCACGGUGCCGAUGUUCAACUUAUUAUCUAUUACGAGGGUGAUGAAGAUUCAUUAGCAUCCCAUUUUCAUAUUCUCCACUCGUUCGAGACCGACCGAUCGUUCAAAUCGAAAGAAAAAGAGCAAUGA